AUGCAUAUAGAUUUGUCAAAUAUUAGUAAGCAAGAAUUCAGCUACUAUUGUCGAGUUAUGCUACCAAAAAUCAACAAACAAAUAGUCUCAAUAAAAUUAUCAAAUAUUUUGACACUCGAUAGUAUCAAACGUUUUAGUACAAUAGUUAAAAUUGAAAAAUUCACGCAGUUGAAUAAAUUAGUGCUCGUUCAAGUAAAAUUUGUUGAUUUGAAACAUAUUCUAUCAAAACUAAACAAUUUAAAGACGUUAAUCAUCAUGUCAACAGAUUAUUCGGGUUUAGAUACAGAACGGUUAAAUAUUUUAAAAAUGAUAUUUGAAUUAAAGUCUUUGAAAAAAUGUCAUUUGCCUGUUAUCGAUGUAUCAGAUUUAGACGAUUUAAAAACAUCGAAUAUUGAACAAUUAGCCGUUGAUCAUUGUACAAUGAGCUGUUUAGGUAAAUUAUUUUCUUACAUUCCACAUAUUCAACGUUUAAGUGUCAAUGUUUAUGCUGAUAUGCAAAACUUGUCACCAAUGUAUGAAGAUAAAAACAAUGUUCCCAGUUUGACAUUUUUGACGUUAAACACGAAUGAUAUUCCAUUUGGGCAAGUGGAACUGUUACUAUCAUCUAGAAAUUUAUCUCAGUUACGUCAUUUGUCAUUUUCAUUUAAAACUUAUUCAUGCAAUGGUCGUUAUUUAGACUAUGUUGAUAGUCAAAAAUGGGAAUCUAUCCUCUCGUCAUUGUCAUUGUUGAAUCGAUUUAAAUUCCAUAUUGAAAUUCCUAUCAAUAAAUCUGUUGAUAUCGACACUUUAUAUUUAACAUUCCAGCGUGACUUUUAUCAUCAACGCAAAUGGUUUAUUGAUUUUGAUAUGUAUUCUUAUUUAUAUGAUUAUAUUCUAACCAUACAUACUAGACCAUUUUCUCAAAAACAUAUUCGUACAGGUUUACAAACAAACGGUAUUUAUCAUCAAGUUAAAAAUUUACAAUUAAUGAUUGACUCUCAACGGCAACGACACUCUCAGACACCACCACGUAAAUAUCCAAAUGUAACAUCAUUAACGUUGAUUGCUGCUAAACCUAUUGAUGAAUCUUCUGUAUUAUUCUAUCUUUCUAAAUCUAUUCAAUUUGAAAAAUUAACUCAUCUAAAUAUUCAGUUUGACAAUUGUUCAAAACAACUAUUAUUAAUGUGUCUUAUGAAAUCGCCAAACACAUUUGGUCGUAAGAAGACAGCAACUGCUGUUGCCGUGUGCCAGUCAGGUCACGGUUCAAUUCGAGUGAAUGGUCGUCCACUUCAUCUAGUUGAACCACAAGUAUUACGUUUUAAACUAGAAGAACCAAUAUACCUACUUGGAAAAGAAAAAUUUUCAAAAGUUGAUAUCCGUGUACGUGUUAAAGGUGGUGGAAGAAUUGCACAAAUUUAUGCUAUUCGACAAGCAAUAGCCAAAUCAUUAGUAGCCUAUACACAGAAAUUUGUUGACGAAGCAACAAAAAAACAAAUUAAAGAUACACUUGUACAAUAUGAUCGUUCUUUACUUGUUGCUGAUCCAAGACGUUGUGAACCAAAAAAAUUUGGUGGACCGGGUGCACGUGCAAAAUAUCAAAAAUCAUAUCGUUAA